GAAUGUAAACAACGAAUGAUGUCGGUGUGAUGCGCCAAGAAGCUUUUGAUUUAGCUUUGCUAAGAUUCGGGUCGUAAAUGUAUUCAAGCUGCAGUUGAUUUGUUUCUGGGAAGAAAAUAUGACAACUCUGACAAGACAAGACCUCAAUUUUGGACAAGUUGUUGCUGACAUCCUGUGUGAGUUUCUGGAGGUCGCCAUUCAUCUCAUCCUGUAUGUCCGUGAAGUUUAUCCCUCUGGAAUAUUUCAGAAGAGAAAGAAAUACAAUGUACCUGUGCAGAUGUCUUGUCACCCAGAGUUGAAUCAGUAUAUCCAGGACACACUACACUGUGUAAAGCCACUCAUUGAGAAGAAUGAUGCAGAGAAGGUGGUGGUGGUCAUCAUGGAUAAAGAACAUCACCCAGUAGAGAGAUUUGUGUUUGAGAUUUCCCAACCUCCACUGCUGUCCAUCAGCUCUGACACACUACUCUCACAUGUGGAGCAACUGUUGAGGGCAUUCAUCCUGAAGAUCAGUGUGUGUGAUGCUGUUUUAAAUAAUAAUCCACCAGGGUGUUCAUUUACAGUUCUAGUUCACACCAGAGAUGUUGCCACACGAAACAUGGAGAAGGUUCAAGUCAUCAAGGAUUUCCCAUGGAUAGUUGCUGAUGAGCAAGAAGUUCACAUGCAAGAGCCAAGACUCAUCCCACUGAAGACCAUGACAUCUGACAUAGUAAAGAUGCAGCUCUACGUGGAAGAGAGAGCCCAGAAAACAUAGAUCCUCAUUUUGCAGAGAUGAAGGAUAUCGCUGCACGAGUCGAGUCUGUGACAACACUGAAUCAUGAGCAAAGUACACAAUGCUCUCAGUCUGAGAGAAAGAUGAGUGUUUGUUGAACACUUGGGAUUAUUUAGAGCGAGAUGUUCCUGCAUUAUGCUGCAGUCUGUGCUGAACUGGUAUAUUUGGCUGAUAUUUGUUGUCUGUGAUUAAAACACAUCCCAUACACACAUGCAUGAAUGCAGUUCUUUUAUUAUAGUGUCUUUUGUUUUUUUUGAAUGCAGAUCUUUGCAUUUCCAAUGCCCUCAGCUGUGUUGUAACUUUGCUGUAAAAAUAUUCACUCCCCCAUUUUUCCUUGUGGGCAAAUUGUUUUGCCAACGUUCCCUGAGAAGAAGUAAUGUCAUCACGCACACAGGGAGGUCAGAGGUUAACACAUGUCACUCUGUUUGAAGGAUGGUUUCUAAACCAACCACAUUGUCUCACUGAUCCAUGUCAUAUAAUGGUGUCUACAGCAGCAUCCAGAAUACUGUGUCAAAGUGUGUGUUUACACGAGUACAUUUUGUACCUUCCACUGUUAUGUGACAAAUGCAAAGUUGUGAUUUGCUUUUCAUUUUGUGAAUUAAUAUGUAAAAAGUAUUUUUUAUGUAAUAAAACCUUUUUAAAGCACCAGCA